CAGGAUUGGCUGCCGGAGGCACAUGAUAAUUUAGGAGCUGGAGCAUUUGCUCUGCUCUUGACCAGCGUUUCUGAGGAGGGAAGAGUUGGAGGCUUUGCUGCUAAGGAAAUUAAUUAAAUAAUACUGGUCUGGUCCAAAAAAACGCUGCAGAAAAAAAACAGGGAUCAACAGAACAGGCCCAUGCUGUGCGGAACGCAUAUAAUCCCAGAAGUUUUGUAGGUGACUGGUAGAAACCUCAAAAUGUCGGACGAGGAGGAAUAUGAGGAGUAUGAGUACUAUGAAGAAACAGUCAUUGAAGAUGGGGGACCGGAGGAGGUGACAUCAUACGAGACAUCUCACCAUACGUCUCCCCAGAUAUCUUACCAGACCACCACUCAAAGCAAACCUGAUGCUGCUCCUCCUGCCGAGAGGAAGAAGAGAAUUCGGAAAAAGGUGGAUACGACGAAGUUUAUGACGCCUUAUAUAGCACACAGCAAGAAAAUGCAAGACAUGUUCAGUCAGAACAAAUAUAAAGAGAAAUUUCAAAAGCAAAAGGGAGAGCCGACCGUCAGUACUACUGAUACUCCCGAACUCAGAAGGAUCAAGAAAGUCCAAGACCAGUUAAGUGAGGUGAAGUAUCGUAUGGAUGGUAAUGUUGCCAGAACCAACUGCCACGUUGAUGAAAAGGCCAGAGAUAUAGAGCAUGCUAAAAAGGUCUCUCAACAAGUGAGCAAGGUUCUGUACAAGCAAAACUGGGAAGAUACUAAGGAAAAGUACCUUUUGCCCCCUGACGCUCCAGAACUUGUUCAGGCAGUGAAAAAUACUUCAUUAUUCAGCAAGAAACUGUACACAGCCGACUGGGAAGAGGACAAGGCAACCUUUUUCCCUUACUCAGACAGUCCAGAACUAAGGAGAGUUGCUGCAGCUCAGAAAGCUUUGAGUGAUAUCAAUUAUAAGAAGGGACAAAAUGAACAAAAGCUUCAGUUCACCUCCCUGGCUGAUCGACCCGAUAUUGAGAUGGCCAAGAAAGUAACCCAGCAACUGAGUGAUAUAAAAUACCACGAGGAUUACAAGAAGAACGUUAAAGGCAAAUCGAGUCAGACUCCUUGCUAUGAAAGUGCAGUUGCAAGAAUGAAUGCCGACAAUCUGAGUGAUAGAAAAUAUCAACAAGACUUUGAGAACACUAAAGACCAAAUCAACUUCAUUCAGACAGAAACUCCGGAGUAUCAGACGAAGAGGAAAGCCGGCAUCAAUGCUAGCACGGUGAAGUACAAAGCAGAUUAUGAGAGGGCCAAGGGACCCACAGGCUACCACACUCUUCCCGCCACAGAGAACCCAUUACUGCGGCAACUCAGAAAAGCUGGAAAUGCCCUGAGCGAUAUAUUAUAUAAGGAAUCAUAUGAAAAAGCCAAAGGAACUAGUAUUAACUACUGCGACACCCCCAAGUUUAAGCUUGAUAAUGUCCUAAAGAACUACUCUGAUAUUAAUUAUAAGGAUCACUAUCAUAAGAACGUGCAGGGACAUUACAUCGGCAGUUACGAGAAUCCGUACAUGCUUCAUUGCGCCAAAGUCUCCAACUUAAUAAGUGAAAAAAAUUACAAAGCCGACUAUGAAGACGAGAAGGCCAAUUGUUACUUCCCCCAGACUCUUACCGCCGAAUACGAAGCCUCCAAGAAGUUAGAUCAGUGUAAAGAUUAUGUCUACAAGAAACACCCCGAUAAGUUAAAAUUCACUCAAGUGACUGAUUCCCCAGUACAGGUCCAAGCCGAGGCGAACUCCAAGCAGCUCAGCGAUCUCAAUUAUAAAGCCAAACACGAACAGGAAAAAUUCAAGUGUUCUAUUCCCUCAGAUUCUCCUUUCAUCCUCCAGUCUAGAUUGAAUGCGUAUAACCUCAGUGAUAAAUGGUAUAAAUAUGACUGGGAUAAGUCCAAGGCAAAGAAAUUUGAAAUUAAAAUUGAUGCUAUUCCACUGGUGGCCGCGAAAGCCAAUUCUAAAAAAGCCAGCGAUGUGCAAUAUAAGAAAGAUUAUGAGUUCACCAGAGGGAAGAUGAUCGGAGCUCUUAGUAUCCACGAUGACCCCAAGAUGUUACACUCUGCGAAAGUGGCUCAUAACCAAAGUGAUAUUGAAUACAAAAAGCACUAUGAAAAAACAAAGACCAAAUACUCUGCACGUCUGGAUAUGAUCCCAAUCCAGUUGGCAAAGAAAGCUCAGUCUAUUGCCAGCAAUAUUGACUAUAAGCAUCUAGUCCAUUCUUAUCUCUAUCCUCCUGAUAGUAUCAGCCUAUCUGCAGCGAAGAAAGCCUACACUCUGCAGAGUGAUACGGAUUACAAAGCAGAUUAUAACAGCUGGGUAAAAGGAUGUGGAUGGAUACCUUAUGGAUCCCUGGAUGUUGAAAAUGCCAAGAAGGCUUCACAGAUACUUGAUGAGAGAAAAUAUCGCCAGCACCCAGAUACUAUUAAAUUCACUUCUAUAGAAGAUGACCCUGUCCUAGUUCAAGCGAAAAUCAAUCAGAAACAGAGGAGUGAUAUUCUUUAUAAGGCAGAAGGUGAGAAGACUAUUCACAACAAGUACUCCUUACCUGCUGAUAUGCCACAAUUUAUACAAGCCAGAGUGAAUGCAUAUAAUCUCAGUGAUAAUUGCUACAAACAAGAAUUAGAAGAAUUAAAUUCUAAAGGAUAUGACCUGAGAAUUGAUGCCAUCCCAAUUAAGGCUGCUAAAGCUGCAAGGAAGGCAGCCAGUGAUGUACAAUAUAAGAAAUCUUAUGAGGACCAGAAAGGCAAGCUUGUUGGUUUCCGAAGCCUUCAAGAUGAUCCCAAACUUGUACUCUACAUGCACGUUGCUAAGAUGCAGUCCGAACGAGAAUAUAAAAAAGACUAUGAGAACACAAAGACCAAGUAUAAUACUCCACUAGAUAUGGUCAAUGUGGUGGCUGCGAAGAAGGCGCAAGAAAUUGCCAGCGGUAUCCAUUAUAAGCAGCCAAUCCAUCACUACACCUACCUCCCAGAUGCAAUGAGUGUUGAAUUAUCCAAAAAGAUGAUGGAGAUACAAAGUGAUAACCUCUACAAGUCAGAUCUUGGUUGGUUGAAAGGCACAGGAUGGAUACCCCUAGGAUCUCUUGAUGUUGAGAAGGCCAAAAAGGCUGGAGAUGCCCUAAAUGAGAAGAAAUAUAGACAACACCCAGAUACAAUCAAAUUUACUAGUGUCACUGACUCACCAGUCAUGGUCCAGUCUAAGAUCAAUGCCCUCCAGCUCAGUGAUAAACUAUACAGAUCUUCAGGAGAGAAGACUUUGCACACAUAUCAUUUACCUCCUGAUGCCCCCAACUUCAUCCAGGCGAAGUACAAUGCAACUAAUAUGAGUGAUAGCUUCUACAAACAAGACUGGCAGAGGACAAUCGCUAAAGGACACCAUGUUUUGGGGGACUCGAUUCCUAUUGUCGCUGCAAAGGCUUGUAGAAAUAUUGCUAGUGAUUAUAAGUACAAGCAAGCUUAUGAAAAAGCCAAGGGUCAACAGAUAGGCUUUAGAAGUCUGCAGGAUGAUCCUAAACUGGUGCACUUUAUGGCUGUGGCCAAGAUGCAGUCAGACCGGGAAUACAAGAAGGACUAUGAAACCAGCAAGACCAAGUAUCAUACUCCUCUAGAUAUGGUCAGCAUCACAGCUGCCAAGAAGUCCCAGGAAGCGGCCACCAAUAUCCAUUAUAAACAGCCAAUCCAUCAUUACACCUUUUUGCCGGAUGCGAUCAGUGUGGGGUUGUCAAAGAACAUGAUGCAAAUCCAGAGCGAUAAUGUCUAUAAAGAGGACUACAACACCUGGUUUAAGGGUAUUGGCUGGAGUCCUUUGGGUUCAUUAGAUGUAGAAAAAGUAAGGAAAGCUGGAGAUGCCAUAAGCGAGAAGAAGUACAGACAGCACCCCGACACUCUCAAGUUUACCAGUAUCCCAGAUUCUAUGGAUAUUACUCUGGCUCAGAGCAAUACUAAACAGAGAAGUGAUAUCACAUACAAAGCAGAGGGUGAGAAAAUAAAACACAAGUAUGUUCUGAAUCCAGAUGAUCCCAACUUUGUCCAAGCAAGAGUCAACGCCCAAAAUAUAAGUGAGUCUAACUACAAAGCCGCGUGGCUCAAGCACCUCGCUAAAGGAUACGACCUUAAACCAGACGCCAUAGCCGUUGUGGCAGCCAAGGCAUCAAGAAACAUCGCCAGUGACUUUAAAUAUAAAGAGGCUUAUCAAAAGGCCAGAGGGCACCACGUGGGAUUCCGAAGCCUUCAGGAUGAUCCUAAACUGGUCCAUUACAUGCACGUCGCCAAAAUGCAGUCUGAGCGGGAGUACACGAAAGACUAUCAGAAGAGCAAGACUAAGUAUCACACACCUCUGGAUAUGUUCAACAUCACCGCAGCCAAGAAAGCUCAAGAAAUCUCCUCCAACAUAAACUACAAACAGCCGAUCCAUAGUUACACUCUUCUGCCCGAUGCUAUGAACUUGCAGCUGUCGAGGAACAUGAUGCAGAUCCAGAGCGAUAACCAGUACAAGACAGACUUCAACAACUGGCUGAAAGGAGUUGGUUGGGUUCCAAUUGGUUCCUUGGAUGUUGAAAAAGCCAGGAAAGGCGUAGACAUUCUCAGUGACAAGAAAUACAAGCAAAAGCCAGACCAAUGGAAAUUUACCAUUCCGAUUGAUGCGAUGGAUCAAGUUCUUGCAAAAGCUAAUGCACUGACAAUGAAUAAGAGACUCUACACAGAAACCUGGGAGAAAGACAAGUCCAAGAUCCAUGUGAUGCCCGAUACUCCAGAAAUAAUCCUGGCUAAAGCUAACACAAUCAACACGAGUGAAAAACAGUACAAGCAAGCCUGGGUGGACGAUAAGAAGAAGGGAUAUGACUUGAAAAACGAUGCCAUAGCCAUCAAAGCCGCUAGAGCUUCAAGAGAUAUUGCUAGUGAUUAUAAAUACAAGAAAGCCUAUGAACAGUCCAGAGGGAAGCACAUUGGAUUCCGGAGCCUCCAGGAUGACCCAAAAUUAGUGCAUUUCAUGAAUGUGGCCAAGAUGCAGUCUGAGCGGGAAUAUAAGAAAGACUAUGAGAAGUCAAAGACUCGGUUCCACACCCCCGUGGACAUGUUCAGUGUUACUGCUGCUAAACUGGCACAAAAUGUGGCAACUAAUAUCAACUACAAGCAUCUCAUCCACCACUACAGUCUGCUGCCUGACGCAAUGCAGUUUGAGCUGUCCAGGAACAGAAUGCAAAUACAGAGUGAUAAUGUUUACAAGUCUGACUAUAACGAUUAUAUGAAAGGCGUUGGAUGGGUCCCCUAUGGAUCCCAGGAUAAUGAGAAGAACAAGAAGGCCAUGGAAAUUAUCAGUGAGAAGAAAUACCGCCAGCACCCAGAUACCUUGAAAUUCACAAGUCUUGUAGACUCUAUGGAAAUGGUCUUAGCAAAGAGCAAUGCACAAAUCAUGAACAAACACCUAUACAAAGAAGCCUGGGAGAAAGAUAAAAGAACCAUUCACGUCAUGCCCGAUACACCAGAAUUUCUUCUGGCAAAGGCUAAUGCUUUUAAUAUCAGCGAGAAAAAAUACAAGCAAGCCUUGGAAGAGUCUAAGAAGAAAGGAUAUGAUAUCAAAGUCGAUGCCAUAUCCAUCAAAGCUGCAAAGGCAUCCAGGGACAUUGCUAGUGACUAUAAAUACAAGAAAGCUUAUGAGAACAGCAAAGGAAAGAUGGUUGGAUUCCGUAACCUGCAAGAUGACCCCAAACUAGUCCACUACAUGAAUGUUGCCAAAAUGCAGAGCGAUCGGGAGUACAAGAAAGAUUAUGAGAAGACCAAGACCAAAUACCACACUCCUGUGUCCAUGUUUAGUGUCAUGGCGGCCAAGGAGGCUCAGGCCGUGGCCUCCAAUGUCCAUUACAAGAAUCUACUCCACAAGUACAUUCUCCUGCCGGAUGCAAUGCAAGUUCAGCUUGCCAAGAACAUGAACCUAAUCCAGAGUGACAAUGAAUACAAGCAGGACUACAAGACAUGGUACAAGGGUAUGGGCUGGAGCCCCCUGGGAUCUUUGGACGUGGAGAAAAGCAGGAAAUCUUCAGAGAUCAUCAGUGAAUCCAAGUAUCGCCAGCACCCCAGCAAGUUCGCUUUUACCAAACAUAUGGAUUCUAUGGACAUGGAGUUAGCCAAGCAGAACGCUAUUGUCAUCAACCAGCACUUAUACACUCAAGCAUGGGAGAAGGAUAAGACAAAGAUCCACGUGAUGCCAGACACCCCCGAUAUCCUCCAGGCUAAACAGAACAUGAUCACCUUCAGCGAUAAACUGUACAAAUCGGGAUGGGCAGAGACAAUAAAGAAAGGCUAUGAUCUCAGGCCUGAUGCUAUUUCUAUUAAAGCCGCCAAAGCAUCUAGAGAUAUUGCUAGUGACUACAAAUACAAAACCGGAUACCGUAAGCAACUAGGACACCACGUUGGCUUCCGAAGCCUACAGGAUGAUCCCAAGUCAGUAUGGGCCAUGCAUGUGGCCAAGAUCCAGAGUGAUCGCGAGUACAAGAAGGACUUUGACAAAUGGAGGACCAAGUUUAACAUGCCAGUAGACAUGUUGGGCUUCCUGUUGGCCAAGAAAUGCCAGACACUUGUCAGUGACAUCGACUACAGACGACCUCUACAUAACUGGACUUGUCUCCCAGACCAGACCGCCUUCGUCCUAGCAAGAAAGAGGAAUGAUCUUCAAAGUGAUAAUAUCUACAAAGCAGAUUACAAUGAAUUUAUGAAGGGUGUAGGAUGGAUUCCAUUUGGAUCUCAAGAAGCUGAGAAAAACAGGAAAGCCAUGGAAAUUGUCAGUGAGAAGAAAUACCGCCAGCACCCAGACAAAUUUAAAUUCACAAGUUUGCCCGACUCGAUGGAGCUCGUCUUGGCCAAGAACAAUGCACAGACCAUGAACCGUAAACUUUACAUAGAAGCCUGGGAAAAAGACAAGAGACAAAUUCAUGUCAUGCCAGACACACCGGAGAUCCUACAAGCAAAAACUAAUUUUCUAAACCUAAGUGAGAAAAUCUACAAAUCUGGCUAUGAGGAAUUAAAGAAGAAGGGUUAUGACCUGCGUGUCGAUGCCAUACCAAUUAAGGCUGCCAAAUCAUCAAGAGACAUUGCCAGUGAUUACAAAUACAAAAUCGCUUACAGAAAGCAACAAGGACACCACAUUGGUUUCCGCAGUCUCCAAGAUGACCCCAAGUCUGUAUGGGCCAUGCACGUGGCCAAGAUUCAGAGUGACAGAGAAUACAAGAAGGAAUAUGAAAAAUGGAGGACCAAGUACAAUACUCCAGUGGAUAUGCUGGGAAUAUUGCUGGCCAAGAAAUGCCAGACUCUAGUCAGUGAUAUUGACUACAAAAACUUCCUUCAUAAAUGGACCUGUCUACCGGACCAGAAUGAUGUGGUGCAGGCCAGGAAGGUCUACGACAUACAGAGUGAUCUACAAUAUAAGUCAGAUCUGCAGUGGCUUAAAGGAAUCGGCUGGUCUCCUGCUGGUUCCUUGGAUGAUGAGAAGAACAAACGAGCUUCAGUCAUUAUAAGCGAGAAAAAGUAUCGUCAACACCCAGACAAAUUCCGUUUCACCAGCAUUACCGACUCCUUGGAAAUGGAGCUGGCUAAAUCCAAUGCAGGCAUCAUGAAUAAGCGCUUGUAUACCGAUGCAUGGAACAAGGAUAAAACACAAAUCCACAUAAUGCCCGAUAUACCUGAGAUCCUUCUCGCCAAACAAAACAAGAUUAACUGCAGCGAUAAACUGUACAGACAAGCUCUUGAAGAAUCCAAGGCAAAGGGCUAUGACCUUCGUUCAGAUGCCAUUUCGAUAAAGGCAGCUAGAGCAUCUAGAGAUAUUGCCAGUGAUUACAAGUACAAGACUGCCUACAGGAAACAACUGGGACACCAUGUUGGAUUCCGCAAUGUACAAGAUGACCCGAAAUUGGUCUGGUCCAGGCAUGUGGCUAAAAUCCAGAGUGAUAGGGAGUACAAGAAAGAUUUCGAUAAGUGGAAAACCAAAUUUAACAUGCCUGUGGAUAUGCUGGGCAUCCUGUUGGCCAAGAAAUGCCAGACUUUGGUCAGCGACAUCGACUACAAGAGAUACCUGCACCAGUGGACAUGUCUGCCAGAUCAGAAUGACGUUGUCCAUGCCAGGAAGGUCUAUGAACUCCAGAGUGAUAAUUUGUACAAGUCUGAUCUGCAAUGGUUAAAGGGAAUAGGCUGGGUCCCCAUCGGUUCUCUAGAUGUCGAGAAGACAAAGAAAGCCGGAGAGAUUUUGAGCGAAAAUAAAUACAGGCAGCCCCCAAACACCAUUAAAUUCACCAGUGUCACAGACUCUCUCGACCUCAACCUGGCCAAAGCCAAUGCCGAAAUAAUGAACAAGCGACUCUACACCGAAGCCUGGAAUAAAGACAAAACUUCCAUUCAUAUCAUGCCGGACACCCCAGAAAUUGAGCUGGCCCGACAGAACAAAAUGAACUACAGCACUAGUCUUUAUAAGCAGGCUGUAGAAGAAUCAAAGAAGAAGGGCUAUGACUUGAGGCUUGAUGCCAUAGCCAUCAAAGUUGCAAAAGCAUCCAGAGAUAUUGCCAGCGAUUACAAAUACAAAACCGGAUACCGUAAGCAACUAGGACACCACGUCGGUUUCCGAAGCCUACAAGAUGAUCCCCAGUCCGUAUGGGCCAUGCAUGUGGGCAAGAUCCAGAGUCAAAGAGAAUACCAUAAGGACUUUGAGAAGUGGAAGACAAAGUUUAACAUGCCGGUCGACAUGCUGGAUAUUGUGUUGGCCAAGAAAUGCCAGACACUGGUCAGCGACAUCGACUACAGGAAGUACCUGCACCAAUGGACAUGUCUACCAGACCAAAAUGAUGUUGUCCAUGCCAGGAAGGUCUAUGAUCUCCAGAGUGAUAAUCAGUACAAGUCAGAUAUGCAGUGGCUGAAAGGAAUUGGGUGGGUUCCAAUAGGCUCAUUGGAGGUGGAGAAGACCAAAAGAGCGGGUGAAAUUCUAAGUGAAAACAAAUACCGCCAGAAGCCAGAUACUCUGAAGUUUACUAGUGUGACCGACUCUCUGGAGUUAAAUCUUGCAAAAGCCAAUGCUGAAAUCAUGAAUAAGCGCUUGUAUACAGACGCUUGGAACAAGGACAAGACUACAAUCCAUGUGAUGCCCGACACUCCUGAAAUUGAACUUGCAAAACAAAAUCGUAUCAAUUACAGUGAGAAACAGUAUAGACUUGCCUUGGAAGAAGGUAAGAAGAAAGGUUAUGAUUUACGUGUUGAUGCCAUCGCAAUCAAAGCAGCCAAAGCUUCAAGAGACAUAAUUAGUGAUUAUAAAUACAAGAAAGGAUAUCGUCAGCAGCAAGGCCAUCAUGUUGGAUUCAGAAGCCUACUGGAUGAUCCUAAAUCCGUAUGGGCCAUGCACGUUGCUAAGAUCCAGAGUGACCGCGAGUACAAGAAGGACUUUGAGAAGUCAAAAACCAGGUACAACAGCCCUGUGGAAAUGCUGUCUGUGCUUUUGGCCAAGAACUGCCAGAAACUGGUCAGCGACAUUGACUACCGCCAUUACCUUCACCAAUGGACAUGCCUUCCCGACCAGAAUGACGUCAUCCAGGCCAAGAAAGCCUAUGAACUCCAGAGUGAUGCCGUCUACAAAUCUGAUCUGGAAUGGCUCAAAGGCAUUGGUUGGGUCCCUGUUGGUUCCUUGGACGUGGAAAAAGCGAAGAAGGCUAUGGAGAUACUGAGUGAAAAGAGUUAUCGUCAGAAACCAGAUACCUUCAAGUUCACCUCUGUUCCUGAUUCAAUGGAACUGGUUCUUGCCAAGAAUAAUGCUCAGAUCAUGGAUAAACGCUUGUACACUGAUGCCUGGAAUAAUGAGAAGGGUGCCAUUCAUGUUAUACCGGAUACUCCUGAAAUCUUGCUGGCUAAGGCCAACAAAGUAAAUGUCAGCAAUAAACUGUAUACCGAAGGAUGGGACAAAGCCAAGGCGAAAGGAUAUGACUUGAAGGCAGACGCCAUUGCAAUCAAAGCUGCCAAGGCUUCCAGAGAUAUCGCUAGUGAUUAUAAAUACAAAAAAGGAUAUCGUCAGCAGCAAGGCCAUCAUGUUGGGUUCAGAAGCCUAUUGGAUGAUCCAAAAUCCGUAUGGGCCAUGCACGUUGCUAAGAUCCAAAGUGAUCGAGAGUAUAAGAAGGAGUUUGAGAAGUCAAAGACCAAGUACAACAGCCCUGUGGAAAUGCUGUCUGUGCUUUUGGCCAAGAACUGCCAGAAACUGGUCAGCGACAUUGACUACCGCCAUUACCUUCACCAAUGGACAUGCCUUCCCGACCAGAAUGACGUCAUCCAGGCCAAGAAAGCCUAUGAACUCCAGAGUGAUGCCGUCUACAAAUCUGAUCUGGAAUGGCUCAAAGGCAUUGGUUGGGUCCCUGUUGGUUCCUUGGACGUGGAAAAAGCAAAGAAGGCUAUGGAGAUACUGAGUGAAAAGAGUUAUCGUCAGAAACCAGAUACCUUCAAGUUCACCUCUGUUCCUGAUUCACUGGAACUGGUUCUUGCAAAGAAUAAUGCUCAGCUCAUGGAUAAACACUUGUACACUGAUGCCUGGAAUAAUGACAAACGUACUAUUCACGUCAUGCCGGAUACUCCUGAAAUUUUGCUGGCUAAGGCCAAUAAAGUAAAUGUUAGCAAUAAAUUGUAUACCCAAGGAUGGGAUGAAGCCAAGGCAAAAGGAUAUGACUUGAAGGCUGAUGCCAUUGCGAUCAAAGCCGCCAGAGCUUCCAGAGAUAUCGCUAGUGAUUAUAAAUACAAAACUGGAUACCGUAAGCAGCAAGGCCAUCAUGUUGGGUUCAGAAGCCUAAUGGAUGAUCCUAAAUCCGUAUGGGCCAUGCACGUUGCUAAGAUCCAGAGUGACCGGGAGUACAAGAAGGACUUUGAAAAGCUAAAGACCAAGUACAACACCCCUGUGGAAAUGCUGUCUGUGCUUUUGGCCAAGAACUGCCAGAAACUGGUCAGCGACAUUGACUACCGUCAUUAUCUUCACCAAUGGACAUGCCUUCCUGACCAGAAUGAUGUCAUCCAGGCCAAGAAAGCCUAUAAUCUCCAGAGUGAUUGGCUCUACAAAUCUGACAUGGAAUGGAUCCGUGGCUGUGGCUGGAUUCCAAACGACUCCCUUGAGGUCAACAAAGUAAAGAAAGCUCAGAAAAUCUUAAGUGAUCAUCAUUAUCGUCAGCUUCCAGACACAAUCAAGUUCACCAGCAUUGUUGAUGCUCCUGAGAUCCUCCUGGCUAAGACCAACGCUCUUCAGAUCAGUGAUCAUAUAUACAGAGAUGCAUGGGAUAAAGACAAAACUAAAUUCAGCCUCCCUUCAGACACUCCACAGAUGGUCCAGUCCAAGAUCAAUGCAGCGAACGUCAGCGAUAAAUUGUACAGAAAAGAUUGGGAUAAAGCCAAGCAGGACUGUGACAUAAAAGCAGAUGCCAUCGCUAUCCGCAGUGCCAGGGCGUCAAGAGACAUUGCUAGUGACUACAAAUAUAAAACUACCUAUGAGAAACAGAAGGGUCACUAUAUUGGAACCCCCUCAGCCAAGGAUGACCCUAAACUGAUGUGGUUGAUCAAUUCUGGCAAGCUUCCAAGUGACUUAAGAUACAAGUGUGAUUACGAGAAGACAAAGACCAAGAUUCACUUACCAGUAGAUAUGGUGUCCAUUGUGACAGCCAAGCAAGUCCAAGCAGCGGCCAGUGAGAUUGAUUACCGUCAUUAUCUGCACCAGUGGACAUGUCACCCUGACCAAAACGACUGCAUCCAAGCCAAGAAAGCUUAUGAGCUCCAGAGUGAUAAUGUCUACAAAUCAGAUCUAGAAUGGAUUCGAGGAUGUGGGUGGAUGCCAAAUGGCUCAAUAGAAGUUAAGAAAGUGAAAAACGCUCAAGACAUUUUGAGUGAGCACCUUUACCGUCAACCAGCCAGUAACUUGAAGUUCACCAGCAUUGUGGACCUACCAUCCGUCAUCCUGGCAAAGACCAAUGCUGACCAGAUCAGUGACUCCAAAUAUAAAGAGGCCUGGGAACAAGACAAGAGAACUAUACACAUCAUGCCGGAUACUCCUGAGAUUUUGCUGUCCAAAGCUAACUCUCAAAAUGUCAGCAAUAAACUUUACAGGGAAGGCUGGGAUAAGGUGAAAAUGAUUUAUGACCUCCAUUCUGAUGCAGUUGCCAUCAAAGCAGCUAAAGCCUCAAGAGAUAUUGCAAGUGAUUAUAAAUACAAGUUAACCCAUGAGAAACAGAAGGGUCAUUAUGUCGGAACGCCCACAGCUCGAGAUGACAACAAACUGGCCUGGUAUUUGAAGGCAUCUAAACUUCUUAGUGACCUGGAAUACAAGAAGGACUUUGAGAAAACAAAGACUUGUAUGCAUCUACCUGUAGAUAUGAUGUCUAUCGUUGCAGUCAAGCAAUGUCAGAAAUUGGUCACCGACAUUGAUUACCGACAAUACUUGCAUCAAUGGACAUGUCUACCAGAUCAGAAUGACGUCAUUCAAGCUAGAAAGGCCUACAACCUCCAGAGCGAUGCAGUCUACAAGUCAGACCUGGAGUGGCUCCGUGGAAUUGGAUGGUUUCCAAAUGAUUCAAUAGAUGUUAAGAAGGUUAAGAACGCCCAGGACAUUAUAAGCGAGAAUAAGUAUAGAACUAAGCCAGACACUCUCAGCUUUACACCCGUCACCGACAGAGUGGAUUAUGUCUCAGCUAAGCAAGGUGCAGAAAUCCUAAGUGAUAUUAAAUAUCACGAAGCUUGGAAUGACAUUAAGUCAAAAUACACAGCUUUAAGUGAUACUCCCCUAUUGCUAACCGCAAAAGAGGCGGCCAAGAACGUCAAUAAUAAAUUGUACAAAGAAGGCUGGGAGAAUGUUAAGGCCACUAGCUACAUAUUACCCCAUGAUGCAGUACAGAUAAAGCAUGCCAAAAACAGCGGCAUUGCCCAGAGCGAGCUGAAGUACAAAGCCGAUUACAUCAAACAGAAAGGUCACUAUGUUGGCGUUCCAAAUGCUGAUGCCGAUCCCAAACUAAAAUGGUUCAAACAUGCCAACCUGAUCCAGAAUGAUAGAGAAUACAAAAAGCUUUAUCAGAAGCUUAAGUCGAAAAUUCAUAUUCCUCAUGACAUGGUAUCAAUUGAAACAGCCAAACAAGGGCAGACCUUGGCCAGCGGAAUUGACUAUCGUCAUUACCUCCACCAAUGGACAUGCCACCCUGACCAGAAUGACUGCAUACAAGCCAGAAAGGCUUAUGAUCUGCAGAGUGAUAGUAUCUAUAAAUCUGACCUGGAAUGGAUUCGUGGUUGUGGGUGGAUUCCAUUAGACUCUGUAGAGCACAAGAAAGUGAAGAACGCUCAAGAGCUGGUCAAUGAGAGAGCCUAUAAGCAGGAAGCACAUGACAACUUUUCCAACUACACCCAUGUGGUUGACACACCAGACAUUGUGCUCGCCAAAAUGAAUGCCAUCAACCAAAGUGAUCUGAAAUACAAAGAAACCUUCAACUUGGACAAAGGCAAAUACAUCGGCUCUGAAGACACUCCUCUAAUCUCACAUUCUAGGGAGAUGUCCAAGCUGUCUAGUGAUAAACUGUACAAGGAUUCCUGGGACAGCACUAAAGCACUGGGCUACCUACUGGACGCCAGCUAUAUCCCCAUAGUUGGUGCCAAACACGCUAGGAUUGUUUCCAGCGAACUAAAAUACAAAGAGCAUCACGAAAAGGAAAAGGGUCACUAUCUUGCUGGUACCCACAUUACUGACUUCCCCAGCGUUGUGCAUUCAUUGGCGUUCCAGAAGAUGAAGAGCUUGCUGGCCUACAAGAAGAAUUAUGAAGACAACAAGGCCAAGAUCAAUAUUCCAAGUGACAUGCUUAACAACGUCCUUGCCAAGAAAUGCCAACAUAUCCUUAGUGACAUUGAAUAUCGUCACUAUCUCCAUGAAUGGACAUGUCUACCAGAUGAACAGAUGGUCAUUCAUGCCAAAAAAGCCAAUGAUAUCUUGAGUGAUGUACUCUACAAAGAAGAUCUAACAUGGCUGAAGGGCAUUGGAUGUUAUGUGUGGGACACUCCAGAAAUCUUACUUGCUAAGAACUCCUAUAACCUUCAGAGUCAAAUCCAAUACACACAUGGAGGUAAAGAAAACUUGAAGAACUACAGUGUUGUCACCGAUACUCCAGUGUAUGUCACAGCUGUCCAAAGUGGCAUCAAUGCUAGUGAUCUCAAGUACAAAGAGGACUUCCACAAGGGCAAGGAUAAGUACACAACAGUUCUGGAAACCGUAGAUUACAACCGUACCCAUAACCUUAAGGAACUUUUCAGCAGUAACCUGUACAAACAAUCCUGGGAUACCAUCAAAGCCACAAGCUACCAGCUUCCUCCUGACACAGUGGCCUUGGCCUUUGCUAAACAAAACAAGCACAUUGCCAGUACAGUGAAGUACCGUGAGGAAUACGAGAAAUUUAAAGCCCUCUACACUCUACCAAAAGGUAUUCAGGAUGAUCCAAACACUGCAAGAUGUAUCCGAGUGGGCAAGCUUCCUCUGGAUCGUUUGUACCGAGACACCUAUGAAAAGAACAAGGCUAAGAUUCACAUUGCUCCUGAUAUGCUGGACAUCAUCACUGCCCGGGAAACACAAAAUAAAGUCAGUGAAAUUGACUACAGGAAGUAUCUCCAUGAAUGGAUCUGCCUCCCCGACCUCCAGCUCUACGUCCAUGCUCGCAAAGUCAACGAUCAGUUGAGUGAUAUUGUCUAUAAAGAUGACCUCAACUGGUUGAAAGGAUUGGGCUGCUUCGUUUGGGAUACACCUGAGAUCCUACAUGCCAAGCACGCGUAUGACCUACGUAGUGAUUUCAAAUACAAAGCUAAAGCUGAGCAGAUGAAGAAGACUUACACCUCAGUUAUGGAGACUCCAGUCUAUCUUCAAGCUGUCGCCAGUGGACAACAGAGCAGUGAUGUUGUGUAUCAUACUGAUUAUGAGCAGAACAUUAGAGGAAAAAUGACAUCAACUACGAAAAAUGUUGAACUGGACAGAGCCACUAAUGCCUACAAGAUACGCAGUGAUAAUCUUUAUCGUGAUGCUACUAUCAAAUCCCUGCCUAAAGGUUACAGUCUUCCAAAAGACAUGCCGUCAAUUGUACAAGCCAAGAAAGCUCAGACCAUCGGCAGUUAUUUGAAGUACAAAGAAGUAUAUGAACACCUGAAGGCCAAGUCUUACACUCUACCUCCCGACAACGUCAGCUUUGUCAAUGUAAAGAAAGUGAAUAAUAUCGUUAAUGAGAGGCUCUACAGACAAUUGUACCACAAGAUGAAGGAUAAGAUCCACACCACUCCAGAUACUCCAGAAAUCCGCCAAGUCAAAACCACCCAGGAAGCUAUUAGUGAUCUGGUGUACAAAUCCGAUUACCACAAACUCCAAGGUCAUAUGAUCUCCAUGCCAUUUACCCCCCAGACUAUUCACUGCCGCUAUGUUGGAGAAAUUACUAGCGAGAAUAAGUACAAGGAAGACCUGCAAUGGCUGAAAGGUCUGGGUUGCCUUUUGUAUGACACUCCAGACAUGGUGAGAUCACGUCACCUCCGCAAACUCUGGUCCCACUAUCAGUACACCACGCCUGCUAAGAAGAUGCUGGAUAAAUACAGCGUGGUCUUGGAUACUCCAGAACACAGGACCAUCCAGGAGCUGAAGACACAUCUCAGUCAGGUUGUAUACCGCGCAGCUGGCAACAAGCAAAAAUCUAUCUAUACAUCAGUUAUAGAAACUCCAGACUUCCUCAGAGCCAAGAAAGGACAACAAAUUCAGAGCCAGUACCUGUAUGUUGAGGUGGCAUCCAAAGAAAGACCCCAUCACCAUGCAGGUGGACAGACCAAAGCCCUCAGUCUGGCUAAGCAUGUCAAGGAUUUCGUCAGCGAGAAAAAAUACAAAGCUCAAUACGAAAAGCUGAAGCACAAAUAUAUAACAGUUGCUGAUACUCCCAUCAUUUUGCGAGCCAAGAAAGCCUACCUCAAUGCUAGUGAUCUGCGCUAUAAAGAAACCUUUGAACAAGCCAAAGGCAAGUACCACACCGUAAAGGAUGCCUUGGAUAUCGUCUACCACCGCAAGGUUACUGACGACAUCAGUAAUGUAAAAUAUAAAGAGAAAUAUGCCAGUCAGUUGGGCAUUUGGAGAUCCAUCCCUGACCGUCCUGAGUACUUCCAUCAUCGUGCCGUCACCGACUCAGUUAGUGAUUUCAAGUACAAAGAAGAUUUGACCUGGCUUAAGGGUUUUGGCUGCUAUGCCUGGGAUACCCCCGAUUUUACUCUUGCGGGACAAAACAAAAAACUCUACAGUGGAUACAAGUACCGUCAGUCUUUUGAAAAGACCAAGUCAAUAUUCAAACCCACUGUCGAUACUCCUCUGCUCAGCCACUUCAAAUAUGCAUCUCAGCUGGUGAACGAGAAAAAGUACAAAUCUAAGGCCAAGAUCCUGCUCCAACAUGGAUGCAAUGAAAUUCGAAGGCCAGACAUGAUACGGGCAAUGUACAACACCAGUAUGUGGAGUCAGUGGAAGUAUAAGGAACUCUAUGAAAAGGGGAAGGACAAGUACACGUCAGUCGUAGACACACCCGAGCACAACCGAGCUCAGAAGGCCGGGAAACAGAUCAGUGACAUUAUUUACAAAAUGGAUUGGAACAAAGUCAAAGCCAAAUCCUACACCACGAUCCAUGACACGCCAUCACUGAUCCACGCUCGCAAGGUCCAAGACAAGAUCAGUGAGCUGAAAUAUAAGGAACUAUAUGAGAAGAGCAGAGGACACUGUACCAUGUUGUCCGAUUCUGUACAGAUCAAGAGGGCCAAAGAAGCCUACAAAUCCAUCAGCAAUUUGGAUUACAAGAAGAAGUAUGAAGCCACCAAGGCUCAAUGGCAAUGGACUGUCGAUAGACCCGACUUUGUGCAGAAUGCAAAAUCAUCUAUGCAGCAGAGCGAUUAUGACUACAAACUUGACAGAGAGUUCCUGAAAGGAUGCAAGCUCUCAAUCACCGAUGACAAGGACACUGUCCUAGCUCUCAAGAAUGCCGAAAUGAACAGUAAUGUGAAAUAUAGGAAGAAGUAUGAGAAAGGAACAUACCAAGGAGAAUUUGGAAUUGUUUCAGAUACACCUCAGAUCAUCCAUGCUAAAUCUGCCAGCAAUCUUGCAUCUGAUAACAAAUACAAGGAAGCAGUGAAAAAGCGCCUGUCACAAUGCACCUUUACAACCCUGCCGGAAACACGUGACACAACUCAUGUCAAGAAAGUGACUAAGAUUCUCAGCGAGAAACAAUAUAAAAAUAAAUUCCAGAAGGAGAAGGGCAAGUCCAACUAUGCCAAUAUGCAGGAACCACCUGAGGUUAAACACGCAAUGGACGUUGCCAAGGCACAAAGUAAUCUGUCAUACAGGAAAGAUGCCAAAGCUCAUCUCAACUACACCAGCAUUGUUGAUAGACCUGACAUUAAGAAAGCAACCGAGGUGGCCAAGCUGGUCAGCAAUAUCCAGUACAAAGCUAAGGCCCGUGAAGAGGGCGCCCGUGGUAUCACAAGCCUGGGGCGACCGGACAUCGAAUUAGCCCAAGAAGUAUCCAAACUUACAAGCCAAGCUGAGUAUGCCAAAGGAAAGCUGAGGGGCCAUGGAGCAGCAUCUUAUGACACUCCCAUCAUGCGGACACUAAAGAAAGCUAAUGAGCUCACUAGUAAUGUGAAGUACAAGGAAAACUUUUCAAAAGAUAAGGGCAAGAAACCUCAUUACGAUCUGAAAGAGGCCAAAAUUUACCAGACUUUGAAGGAUGCAAAUACACUAGCUAGUGAGGUUAUAUAUAAGGCCGACCUUAAGAAGCUCCACAAACCAGUCACCGAUAUGGCGGAGUCCUUGAACAUGCAACAUAUCACUAGUACAAGCAAACUAUCAAGUGAUUACCGGUACAAGAAGGAAUAUCAGAAGAGUAAGGGUCACUACCAAAUGGUGCCUGAUACACUUGAACAAGUUCAUGUAAAGGAAGCAACAGAUCUGCAGAGCAUAGUCAAAUAUAAAGAGCAGUAUGAAAAAGAAAAAGGUAAAGCUAUGCUGGACUUUGAGACCCCAACUUAUGUCACCGCUAAAGAGUCACAGCACAUGCAAAGCGAGAAAGAAUAUAAGAAAGACUUGGAAGAAUAUAUUAAGGGCAAAAACCUUACUGGUUUGGAGGUUACGCUGUCAUUGUUACAUGUCAGACAUGCCACAAAAAUAGGGAACGAGAAAGAGUACAGGAAAGACCUGGAUGAUACUAUCAAAGGACGGGGCCUCACUGAGUUGGAAGAGACCCCUGAGCUAUUAAGAGCCAAGAACGCAACUCAAAUAUUAAAUGAGAAAGAAUAUAGAAAGACGUUGGAAUUGGAGAUCAAAGGAAGGGGUAUAUCAGCCUUGUCCAUGGAAACUCCAGACUUUAUGAGGGCAAAGAAUGCAACUGAUAUCACAAGCCAGGUGAAAUACAAGCAUUCUGCUGAAAUGGAUAAGGCCAAUUACACAUCUGUGGUGGACACACCAGAAAUUAUCCAUGCUCAACAAGUCAAGAACCUUUCUAGCCAGAAAAAAUACAAAGAGGAAGCAGAAAGAAAUAUGUCUUAUUAUGUAUCUGUAUUUGACACCCCAGAAAUGCAGAGAGUCCGUGAAAACCAGAAGAACUUCAGUAUUCUACAGUAUCAAGAUGACCUUAAACAAAGUAAAGGAAAAGUCACAGUGGUUAAAGACACGCCAGAAAUUCUGCGUGUUAAAGAAAACCAAAAGAAUUUCAGCUCGAUUCUGUAUAAAGAAGAAAUUGGAACGGGAACAUCUGUUGGGCACACCCCAGAGAUGGACAGAAUUAAGAGAACACAGGAUGCCAUUAGCACGAUUAAAUACAAGGAAACUAUUGGGCAAGGAACACCAGUUGCUGAUCUGCCAGAAGUCAAACGAGUGAAGGAGACACAGAAGAACAUCAGCUCGGUUAUGUACAAGGAAAGCUUGGGGCAAGGAACCCCCACUGCUAUGACUCCUGAGAUCAAGCGCGCCAGACGCAACCAGGAAAACAUUAGCAUGGUUAUGUACAAAGAAAACCUGGGAAUGUCAACCCCAGUCCCUGUGACUCCUGAGAUGGAGCGAGUAAAACGCAACCAAGAAAACAUAAGCUCGGUUUCAUACAAAGAGAACAUGGGGCAUGGAACCCCAAUACCUAUCACUCCUGAGAUCGAGAGGGUCAGACGCAAUCAAGAAAACAUUAGCAUGGUGACAUACAAAGAAAAUUUGGGAAAAUCUACACCAACGCCUGUCACUCCAGAGAUGGAGAGGGUUAAACGUAACCAGGAAAAUAUUAGCUCGGUUCUGUAUUCUGACAGCUUCCGCAAACAGAUACAAGGUAGAGCCGCCUACGUGAUGGAUACUCCUGAAAUGAGACGUGUCCGUGAAACCCAGCGCAACAUUUCAGCGGUGAAGUACCAUGAGGACUUUGAGAAGCAGAAGGGAAGCUUCACACCUGUGGUCACCGACCCAAUAACGGAACGAGUGAAGAAGAAUACCAUUGACUUUAGUGACAUUACCUACCGUGGAAUUCAGAGGAAAGUUGUGGAGAUUGAACGAAAGAAGAGUGAACAGGAUCAGGAUGUCACAGAUCUUAGAGUCUGGCGUACAAAUCCUGGAUCAGUCUUCGACUAUGACCCUGCUGAGGACAAUAUCCAAUCAAGAAGCCUACACAUGCUUUCUGCCCGCCGCAGCCGUGAACACUCCCGUUCUGCCAGUGCCUUGAGCUUGAGCGCAGGAGAUGAGAAAUCCGAACCCUCCGAUGGCGCCGACCACCACCAUUCCUAUUAUAGCAAUGGUGGUCUCUUUACAACCAGUGUAACAGGCCACAAGGAAAGUUCACAAAUACUAUUUUACCAAGGUUACAAGCAAACCAAAACUACUGAGCUUCCCCAACAGAGAUCAUCUUCUGUGGCCACUCAACUAACCACAGCCUCGUCAGUCCCAUCACAUCCAUCCACUACUGGAAAAACCUUCAGGGCCAUGUACGACUACAGGGCAACGGAUGGCGAUGAAGUGACCUUCAAGGAUGGCGAUACUAUAGUAAACGUCCAGACCAUUGAUGAAGGCUGGAUGUAUGGGACAGUCCAGAGAACUGGCAAGACUGGCAUGCUUCCAGCGAAUUAUGUGGAAGCCAUUUAAUGCUCCACUGAAAGGCCGGCUCCUGUACUGAUGGAUAUCCAUCCGAAAAAGACCCCUCAAAAGGAGCGGCAGCCAUUGUCUUUUUUUUUUUGUCAUCUUGCCUUAUAUGUGGAAUAAAAACUAUUUCAAGCCGAACAUCUUAUGUGACAUUUUCCCAACAUUUGACUUGUACGUUCUAAGACUUGUCUUCCCUUUUUCUUAGCUUAGGUAACAUCAGCUAAUCUCAGAAUGACAGCGGAUCGCCGUUUACCGAUUCAUUCAAAGCUCGCGUAUAUCGUGAUAGACUCUGACUGUGCCAUCUGCAUUUUGACCUGCUAUUGUAAUGUUCAGUGCUUCCUACUGUACACAGACGUAGGAUUCUUCAUGGCGGAGAAAAAUCCACCAUUUUACAUUGGUUUAGAUAUUCGCCCUAGGAUAUAACAAAAACGGACGAGCCUCUCCCCUCCUCUGCUUCUGAACUCUGCAUGCAAAUGAUUAUGUUCUAGGGUCAACACCUUGUGCUCCCUGUACAUUAGUGAACAAUAAAGCUGGGGUUUCUGCAGUA